AUGGCUGUUAAGGGUAGUGGUUCCCUGAAGAGAAAGGGAGCUCAGCUUGACCUCGACGGCGAACCGUUGACGGAAGCAGAGGCCGCCCCAGAACAGGAGCAGGAGGCACAGGAGAAGGAGGAGCAGAAGAGCCCCAAGCCAAAGAGCCCAGCCAAGCCCAAGAGCAAGAGCAAGCCGAGCAAGCCGCAGACCUCCCCCAAAGCAAAGGCGAAGGGAAAGGCCAAAGCAAAAGCAAAAGGCGAGAGCAAGCCCCCAGCAAAAACACCCAAGGCCAAGAGCACAGCCAAAGCUACCCCCCAGCCGAAGGCCAAGAAAACUAAGCCGGGGAAGCAGCUCAAGGAGGGGGACAACAACAACAAGAACGUGACCAGACAGGAAAGCUUCGCUGACAAGGCUUUGCAGUGGAAGCUUGCAGCCGAGGACAAAGCCGAGGCCCAGGAGAAGCCUAAGGAGGAGCCCGAGGCAGAGGAGCAGGACGGCGACGAGGAGGACAACCAGGGCGGCGAAAAGAGGGACCUCGCCAAGGCCAGGAAAUUCAAGAGAAUGUCCGAUGCCGGUGCAAUCCCGGAACACAUUCAGGAGGUUCUGAGCAAAGCGAAGACCCGUGCUGCCAAGACGGAGCUGAUCAACGAGCUGUUCGACAAGAACGACAAAGGCAAGCUGAUCAUGAAAUCGGACAAGCCCGUGUUCGAGACCACGAAGCAGGCCAAGCAUCAGAAGUUUGGUCGAGAUGAAACCAUGGGGGCACCAAAGGAUGUGGUUUUGCACCGGGACUACCAUGGCGAUGAAAAGGCUUUGGAUGCUUCCAUUGCAAGGGGCACGGUGAUGGUGUGGCUGCAGGAUGGGGUAGAGUUCGCGGGCUAUCGGCAAACCGUUGCCGGGAUUGGCAAGACGGUGGAGGACAAGCACCAAGCGAAGAGUGGUGCCAAGGAGAUCACCGACGAGACCUUUCAGGCCCUCGACAAGGCCUUCCGAGCCAUGACCUUUUCGUUUGAUCAAGAUGACCAGCCCCGCCAGGCUAUCGCAGCAGAGGCAGCAAGCUCGAAGGAGCCCCCCGUCCUCAAGCAGUUCACGGAGUCCCAGCAAGCUUUGCUGGAGGAGGCCAAAGGAGCGAUGGAGCGGCUUCAUAGUGCUGCUAUGAGGAUGAUUUCAAAAUGCUCGCAAGCGAAGGACAAAGAGAGCUUCAAGCCGCACAUGCUUGCUAUGAAAUCAUGGAUGGACAGGGACGACCACCUGUUGCUAUGGAAAGAGUUCCCAGACUCAGAGCGGCCCCUCACCGCUGCAACCUUCAAGGACUACAUGUGUGAGCAUUCCGAAACGGCGGUUUCCUUGAACGAGGAGUGCGAGAAAUUCAAAGCCCUUUUGAAAGCAAGGAAGGAGCUGCGAGGUGGAGUGCAGCAGAGGCUCCAAAGAGUUGAAGCCAGAAAUGAUGCAGCUCCUGUUGCGAGCAAUCUGGCACAUGAGCUGUUGGAGCGAUGGUCGUGGGGCGAAGUGAGCCCUCAGGUGGUCCAAAAGCUGGCAGCUGCCUCCCAAAGGGACUUUCAAGCUGUCGGAGCGACGCCGCCCAGCGAAAUCGCUGCUUUAGCUGGCUUGGGAUCUGCUGGUCUGUAUCCGAAUAAUAUGCACAAGGAGAUUCUGAAAAUCGCAAACAAGAACAAUGCUUUUUCGAAGAGCUUCAAGCCACCCUGGGACAAACUGCUUCAGACGAUGCUUCUUCCACAUGUGGUAUUUUCUGAUCUCUACCACUCUUACCCAGCCGCCUUUGCAAAGUUCAUGAUGCCUUCUGGAGGUAUUUCGAAACUUAAGGAAUUCUGGCGCCUUCAGAAGGCGGGUCACCCCGCUUGGCGAAACCACCCGAUCGUCAGCAAGAGGUCCUUCGAUGCCGAGCAUACCCUGCCUUUACAGCUACACGGGGACGGCACCCCUGUGGUGGGGAUAGGGAAAAUCUGGAGCAGGCAGCUGACCUCCUACACGUGGAACAGCCUGCUGGCGGAGGGGUGGACAAAGGACAGUAUGAUGCCAUCGUGGUUUUGCUUCGAUGAGACCGAGGCUGGAAGAGAAACGACAGAUGAAUUUUUCCGAAUCAUCUGUUGGUCGUUUGCCUGCCUUGCCAGUGGAGUCUGGCCAGCAGCCAACCACUUGGGUGCAAAGCAACUGUGCAAGUAUCCCGCCGGUACCGUGGAAGCCCGUCGAGCCGGGACGCCGCUGGCGAAUGGACUGCGAGGCAUCAUCUGGAGUUUGAAUGGCGAUGCCGAAUAUUUGGUGCAAAAGCUGCAGUUGCCCCAUUACGGAUCGAAAUCAUCCCCAUGUGCCCUUUGCAGGUGCAGAGGCGACAAUUCCGAUUCGAGCUGGCAUGAUUGCCGAACAAGUGCUCGGUGGCUCACGUUGGGAUGGACAAGGGAAUCAUGGUUGGCAUACCCGGAGCGAUCAUCGAGCGCCAUCUUCUCCAAUGCCACUGGUCUCACCCCAUUGAACGUGCACUACGAUUACAUGCACUGCAAGUAUUUGGGGGCAGACCAGAUCAGCUUCGGGUCGGUCCUUGAUUUGUUGGUGAGUCACCUCAUGGCAGACUCACCACUAACAAAUCUGGGACAAUGCUGGGACAAAAUCGUUACCUCGUACAAGAGACUGGGAAUCUCCGAGAGGUAUAGAGGCUUCCGCAAGCUGACAAUGUUCCAGAGGAAAAAAAAAUGCCCCAAGCUGAAAGGCAGGGCGGGCCAGAUUGCUGCUUUUGGCGAGCCCCUGUUGGAACUUUGGGAGGAGCACAUGCAUCCUGAUCUUGCUGUGCACUGCAAGAUCAGGACGUACUUGCGACUGAACAUCGCCAUGGAGAAGAUCAUGAAGGAGUGCCGAGCCGAGACUGCUUUCCCGGAGCCCCAGGCGACCAACUUCAUCGAAUAUGCCUUCGCUAUGUGCAAUCUUCAUAUGGAGUUGGGGGCACACUUCGAGGCCGAAGGCCUCAAGCUUUUCAGCCCUUUACCCAAGCUGCAUCUGCUUUUGCACACGGUUUUGCUUUGCCGCCACAUCAACCCGAGACUCACUUGGUGCUACAAAGGCGAGGACCUUCAAAAGGUCAGCAGGAGUUUGGCCGCCAGCUGUGCCCGAGGACUCAGAGGACCGGCGGUGACGGUGAAAAUGGUGAGCAAGCUCAGGGCGGCUUGGAACCUGAGGCUGAGCAAAGUCUCUGCAGACUGA